AUGCUUCUCAAGACCCUUGUUCUUACUGUUGCCGCCUUUGGCUCCUCCGCCCAAGCAGCUCAAGCAGCAUACGCCCAAUGUGGAGGCCAAGGCUUCACUGGCGGAACCACUUGCGUUGCCGGCUACACCUGCGUGGCCAGCAAUGCCUACUACUCUCAAUGCCUGCCAGCCUCCAACUCCGUCAAACCCGUUUCUUCGUCCAAGACUUCCGUCGCACCUGUUUCGAGCUCGGUAGCUGCUGGCGGUGGUAGCGGAGGCAGUGGCAGUGGUACAACCUACAAGGCUUCCUUCACCCAAUACGGCAGCGGUGACACUUUCGGCAGUGGGAACUGCAACACCGACACCACUGCUUGUGGCUUCUACACCAGCGUAAGUCUUACCUCUACAUUAUACCUUCCUAUCUUCAGAACACAAUCGCUGACUGUCCGCCACAGNCCAGGCUACUCAGCCGCACUCUCCCAGAACGCCUUUGGCGUCGGCCCCGCNGCCGGCGCAGGACCCGCGUGCGGAACCUGCUGGAAACUAACCGCCCAAACCGACAGCAGCGGCAAUAAGCUCUCCAACGCCGGCAACAGCAUUGUCGUCCAAGUGACUAACCUGUGCCCUGCCGACGGCAACCCUCUGUGCAGUCAGAACGGACUCACUGGAACAAACCAGUAUGGCGCCAAUGUCAACUUUGACUUGUGCAUCAACAGCGGUGCCAACACUGCGCUGUUUGGCAAUUCGGGUGUUGGGUUGGCUAUUGGUACUGCGGUGCAGGUUUCUUGCAGUCAGUACAGUGGUACUGUUGUUCAUUGA